AUGGAGGAAUGUUCAAACAUUACAGAAAAUGUGUUCUACAUUUCAGCAUUUUCUAUCUCUGAAACUGGACAAUGUCUCCUUUUCACUGCAGUUCUAUUGAUGUAUCUGAUGACUGUCUUUGGAAACGUGACCAUUGCUGUAUUGGUGUGUUGGGUUCCCCAGCUCCAUACUCCAAUGUAUUUCUUCUUGAGUAAUCUUGCUAUUAGUGAUGUUAUGUAUGUUUCGGUUACUCUUCCAAAACUUCUCUUCAUACUCCUAACACAUGACCAUUGGAUGUCUCUCGCUGCCUGUAUGACUCAGGUGUUGUUCUUCUCAUUGUCAGCUGCUUCUGACGUAUUUCUACUGACCUCCAUGGCCUACGAUCGAUACGUAGCGAUCUGUAAGCCAUUACAAUAUUCCUUACUCAUGAGUACAAAUGUAUGCCUUUCAUUGUCUCUAUCCCCUUGGCUCAUAUCUGCGACUAAUGCAGCAGCCAAUGUGUUAACCACUUAUCCAUUAUCCUUCUGCCUUACACAAAAUGUUGACCAUUUUUUUUGUGAUCCGAAAGAACUGUAUGCAAUAACCUCUAGUGAUACUACAAGCAGAAAAAUAUUUAUGUUAUGUGCGGACGUACUGUUGGCAUUGUUUCCUUUUGUGCUAAUUUUGACCUCCUACAUAUUCAUCAUCUCCACCAUACUGAAAAUUAGUUCAUCAGAAGGACGACUGAAAGCUUAUUCCAGUUGCACCUCCCACCUCACUACAGUAAUAUUAUUCUAUGGUCCAAUCAUUAUAUUGUAUGGGAAACCAGAAUCUGAAGGUUCCAAGGAACUGGACAAGCUGCUGACCUUGCUUUAUGCGGCUUUGGUUCCAAUGCUCAACCCGUUUGUCUACACUUUAAGGAACCAAGACGUUUUGAAUGCUAUAAGAAAUAUAAAAAGGAAGAGGAACCUGAUUUUCCUGAAAUAA